AUGUCGACACAAUUCCUCCACAAGCGCUCAAUCACACCAAACCUUCAGAGAAAGGAUGACUCUAGCAAGAAUGCAACAAGCCGACAAAACGCGCAGGAGGUCCAGCUGCCUCCAAGAAAACCCUCCUCAGCCACCGUACAGGAUAACUUCCCCCUUCUCGCCAGCCUGCUCCUAACAUGCUUACCCACCAUCUACCUCUACUCUCUCGAAAGAAGCCGCCAUGGCCACCACCAACAGCGAAUAGACCUUCGCAUCCUCAUCUGGACCUACAUCCUCACGGGCACCGUGGGCAUAACCGUCGCAAUGGCUGUGCAAUCCGUUCUGGCCUACCUGCUUGCUUUGCUCUGCUUCCACGGCCACACCACCGCGAUGUCGUAUCUGGCCGAGACCAUGAAAACAACCGAAGAUGACAUCAAGGCCCUCGAUGAAGCUCACCGGCGAAGACGGCACGAAAUGGCCCGUCGUCGUGGGUAUUGGGUUUUCAUGCUGCUCUUCUCGUUUCUGGCUGCCGGCCUGGUGGAGGAAGGGAUCAAGUACAUUGCCAUACGCACGGCCAUGCUUGCUCUUGCGCAGCAGCAGCGAUCUUCACACACUGGAAAAGGAGUUAGUACGGAGCGUGACAAUAUCACCAUUGCUGUCUCAGCAGCGCUGGGUUUCGCCACUGCGGAAAACAUCGCCUUCUUAUUCGCUGCAGCUCGUGGGCGUAAGGGUAGCGGUGCGAAGGACAGCCGACAAGACACCACAUUCGUCCUCCUGACAGCCGUUGAGAGAGUGGUGCUAGGUAUUACCGGACACGCCACGACCGCAGCGCUGAUUGGAGUCAACAUGCUCAUACGCGACCACCACCUCAACCACUACCACCACCACCACCACCACCAUCACACACUAGGCCGCUCCACGACCUCGAUCUCGAUGAACCCCACCUUGUGGCUCAUCCUGCGCGACCCAGCGCUGUUCCACGGCUUUUUCAACUUUAUGCUCUUCGCCGUGAGCGCCCUCGAGGGCCACGUCGGCUGGGUCCAUCCGCGCAAGCCGCGUACGGUGUGUUUCGUCCUCGCAUUCGCUGUAGGGAUGCAAGCUGCGCUGGCGCUGGUGUUGAGGGAAAGGUUGCGUUUGGUCGGGCUGUGGUGA